AUGGCGGACGAGCUCCAGUUGGUUCAUCAGAAGAUUAAGGAUACCAAAGCCGAGGUUAGGGUCGUUGAAAAUCGUCUGAAAGCAGUGGCGGAGCAGCUGGGGGCUGGCUUAUCGGAGGAGAUUUACAACCGCCUGAACAGCGAAUGGAAAUUACUAAUGACAGAUCUUGACGCCUUGCGGCAAAAGGAGAACCUCCUGCUCGAGCAGCGAAUACGCAGUGAGUUGAAGGGAAAGGCUCUAUAUGGGGACCGCGGAUGCCGCGGUCUUGGAUCGCCGAUAGCUUUACACGCACGCGUUGCAAGUGGGCUUCGGGUGCACUAUAUUGAGCUGUUUGUCCGCGAACAUGAGUAUGGUGGCUACCGCCAUGCGUUUCCCUCGAAGGAGCAGUUUUGGGAGCAGCUACCGUCGGCAACGUUUGCCAUGUCCCCGGAGGGCUACGAGAUCCUGCAGCUUGCACCAGGCACUAAGUUACCACUGCCUUACGACGUUCCAGCUUUGCUGUGUCGGCCCUGCUACCGCACCUUGUCGGAGAAGAUUUUUGCAUCUGUUGCGAAUUCUGGUAUCGGCAAGAGCAUUUUCCUGUACUACUUGCUUCAUCAGCUAGCGUGCCUGGGCAAAACCGUCGUGUGGUAUGGCGAGUAUUUGCUGUCUGUGCUGCUGUACACACCCAACGGUGUGUUCCAGGCAGACUCCAUUGCGGCUUUUAGCGAGGAGCUAGAAAAUCCGAAUACAUGGUUCUUAUGUGACGGUGUGGAGCCGGUGUCCACGGCGGCAAUCACUGUGAUGGCAUCCUUGCCCCGCAGCUCAAAGUACCAAAAGUACGACAAGGAAGGUCCCAUACAGCUGUGGAUGGGCCCCUGGUCCGUGUCGGAGCUAAAGGCGGCGCGUGACGCCAUUUUCACCUCGGUCGACGCUGAUGAACUACAACGGCUUUAUGUUCGCUGGGGUGGCAUCCCAGACUUCGUCUUGAAAUUUGCAAAUGCUAAGUUCAAGCAGCAGCUGUUUGACAUAUGCAUAUCUGCUUCAAAUGGGAUGCGGAUAUAUGAAGCAGUACGUGAUAUCGAAGCUGCGUCAGAUGAUAUCCUCAAUCUGCUUUACAUCCAGGUGAACGAGGAGUGCAAGAAGAUAGGCGUGGUUUUCGGCUCGGUGGAAAUUGCACAGCGCAUGCAGCAGCUGCUGAUGCAGCGGGACCCGUUAGGCGAGCUGCUCUACCAGUGUUCUGGCGAUCUGGAACGGGACUCUGUAUGGUUUGACGAUCUGCUUUACUGGUCUGCUGGCAAGCCGGAACUGGCCUCGCUGAGGGCCCAGCUGUUUGAGAGUGCAGCCCAUGAAGCACUAUGUAAGGGUGGCACAUUUCGUGUGCGCAGCCUUUCCAACCCCGAACAGCAGGUCAGUCAACUGAAGGUGGGCCAAAUGGAGCAGAAAGUAGUAUGGGACAGCGACCUAAAAGAAGUGAACCUUGAAACAACAAAAUCGGGAUGCCUGAUGGUGCCUGUGUCGAAGGACUUCCCAGCCGCCGUGGACAGCUUUCUUCUUUUGCCGAGCAGUGAAUGCAGGCCAGGACGGCUGCUCUUCAUCUUGGCGACCUUUACAGCCCAGCGCCCGAUUAGCGUGCGGGGGUUGCUAGAUGCCGUACAGAAGUUAUCUGGUGAUCUUCGGGGGCUCAAGCGUGAGCUGUACUUUGCAGUGCCGCCUGAGCUCUUUGACUCAUUCACAGAACAACACUUUGACGGGCUUGAGACGGAGGUGGACACCAUUAAGAUGGAGCAAUUUGCCAUUGAGGUCCCGGUCCUCAUCCAGCACUUUGGCUCAUUGGGGGAGCAGCCAUCGGCCAAGGAUGAAUCCCCACAUGGUCUUGCUUCGGAAAUCCCUUAUCUCGCGCGUCUCAACUGCUUCGAGGUGGAUGUGCCAAAGGCUCUCAGUUCCUUAGUUUACCGCAGGAUCUGCAAGACCUGUCGCCGGGAAGGUAGGUUUGCGGAUUUGCUGAGGUUUGUGCGCGUAUAUGCAGUUUUCGGGCAACCACGCAACAAGCAGGGCUCUGGAAUCAUGGCGCACGAGUUCCAGUUGGUUAAGCAAAAAAUUAACAAGACCGAAGACGAGGUUAGGGCCGUCAAAGUUCGUCUGAACACAGUGGAGGAGCAGCUGGGGGCUGGCAUAUCUGAAGAAAUGUACAGCCGCCUGAACUGCGAAUGGCGCUUACUAAUGGAAGAUCUUACCGCCUUGCGGCGAUUGGAGAACCUUCUGAUCGAGCAGCGUAUCCGCAGCUGCCGCCAUGCGUUGCGCUCAGUGGAGCAGUUCUGGAAGGAGCUACCGUCAGCAACGUUUGCAAUGUCCCCGGAGGGCUACGAGAUCCUUCAGCUUGCACCCGGCACUAAGUUCCCACAGCCUUGCGAUGUUCCAGCUAUGCUGUGUCGGCCCUGCUACCGCACCUUAUCAGAGAAGAUUUUUGCAUCUGUUGCGAAUUCUGGUAGCUCCCCUAGAUUCCUAAUCCUCGGCACACCAGGCAAGUUGUCGGAGUUGAGCUGUUGA